CUCAGCCUGCAGCUGGCGGUGGACGUCCAGGUGCCGCUGUGUUUCGGGGGGGUCGGAGGUCAGGCGGUCGUUGUGGACACGGAGGGCAGCUUUCUGCUUCAGAGGCUCGUCGACGUCGGCGCCGCCGCUGUGCGACACUGCUCCUCACUAGCAGAGGACGAGGAGCAGCGUGUUGCCAUGGAGACGUUCACAGUGGAAACCAUCCUGUCCAAUGUGUUCCUGGUGCGUUGCCAUGACUACGUGGAGCUGCUUGCUGAGCUGCAGCUGCUGCCGGACUUCUUGUCAGAGCACCCGAGGGUUCGCCUCCUGGUCAUCGACAGCGUGGCAUCUCCGUUCAGGCGCCACUUUGACGAGCUGUCGCAGAGGACGCGCCUUCUCAGCGGCCUCGCCCAGCAGCUCAUCGCCAUGGCUACCAGCCACAACAUCGCCGUGGUGAUGACCAACCAGAUGACAACCCGGCCGGGCGGUGGCCAAACGCAGCUGGUCCCUGCCCUCGGGGAAAGCUGGGGCCACGCCCCCACCCUCAGGCUCCUCCUCCACUGGGCAGGGCCACAGCGGCUGGCAGCCAUCUUUAAAUCCCCGGGUCACAUGACCGCAACCGUCCAAUACCAGAUCACCGCUGAUGGCUUCAGAGACACUGACCAAUCAGAGCAGCUGCCCAGCAAACGACCCCGAACACACAGCGACCAAUCAGCUGCCAGCCAGCCGGCUGCUAAUUGGACAGAGAGACAUGAACAUGUGAACACAUGAACAUGUGAACACAUGAACAUGUGAAGACAUGAACACGUGAAGACAUGAACACGUGAACACAUGGAGAGGUGAGCUCAGCUGAUGUCACAGCAUCUGUUAUAAAUAAAGUUAUUUAUUAAGUAAAAACAGUUCAUGUUCUCAUCAGCAACAGUUUGGAGUCGAAUUCGGAUUCUCAGCAGCAUCAUUCAACCUGACCUCUCACAUUCACACUUUAACAGUCUCACUCACACGCAGUGUUGAAAUGCUCUCACAGCAACCUGGAAGAGUCCGGUUUAGUCCGGCAGGACAGUCUCAUGAUGUGGAUAAAGGCCCUCCGCCAUGCCAGAGUGAACUAUCACUCAUCGUUAAUUGAGGAAAAUUUAAAAAAUCUCCGUUUUUUUUUUUUCAGUAAUGUAGCCAGGCUGACUCAGAGUCUCAGCUCCAUAGAGCCUCGUGUUCCUUCGGCCCUCAGCAGUGACGACUUCAUGACUUUCUUUAAUGAUAAAAUUAUAACUAUUCGAGAUAAAAUCCAUUACCUCUUGCCCUAAACUGACCUGACCUCAGACUCAGGUAGCCUGGAUAUGGCAGCAAGGCCUGAAAUUUAUUUAGACUUUUUCCAACAUUGACCUUCAUUGACUCUCUACAUAGAUUUUCGGAUUCAAACCACCAACAUGCUUGUUAGACCCCAUCCCAACUAGGCUCCUUAAGGAAGUUUUGACCUUAAAGGACAACUCUUUGUUAGAUAUAAUCAAUGCGUCUUUAUUAACAGGUUAUGUACCCCAGUCUUUUAAAGUAGCUGUCAUUAAACCUCUU